CAUUGUAACAUAACUCGAACGAUAAAUUAAUUGUAUUUUUAAUAUAUAAGCACCCGCAGCAGUUUCGAGGACAUUGUCAAGUCGAUCCUUGAUACACAAGUCAAAAUGUUCAAAGCCGUACUCUUCGUCUGCGCCCAGGCGCUCCUCAUCCAGAGCAUAUCCGCCCAAUGCUUGGGCGCUUACCCAGCUCUGGCUGCAGCCCCCUGCGCCGCCGCCGCCCCACUAGCCGCCGCUCCCUGCGGUGCCGGCUACGCUGGAUUUGGAUACGCCGCCCCCGCUCAAGCCCUCGCCGCCUCCAACGGCCCCGGCCUCGCCAUCUCCAGCGCUUCCCCCAUCUCCCCGGUCGGCGUGUCCGUAGCCUCCGAGAACGCCAUCGAGGGCGCCCUCGCUGUCGCCGGAGCUCUGCCGUUCCUGGGCACCGUCGGUCUCGAGGGAGUGCUGCCCACCGCCGGCGCCGGUAACGUGGCCUACAACUGCGGCAGCGGCGCCGUCGCCAUCACCGCGGAGGACAUCGCUGCCGCUCCGUUCGGCUACGCCGCCGCCGGUCCCCUCGGCUACGAGGGCGUCGGUCUCGGCUACGGCGCUGGUCUCGGUUACGGCGCCGGUCUCGGCUACGGCGCCGGUCUCGGCUACGGCCCCGGUCUCGGCUACGGCACCGGUCUCGGCUACGGCGGUUGCGGAUGCGGUCCUGCUAUCAUCUAAAUAUGAUAGAUCUAUCUCGUCUCCCGACCGAUCUGCGUCACGCUUUCAAAUAUACCAUAACUUUCAAUCGAAA